AUGGAAGAGGAGGAAGCGGAGGGAGAGGACGAAAGCGAGGAGGGAGAGGAGGAAGCGGAGGGAGAGGACGAAAGCGAGGAGGGAGAGGAGGAAGCGGAGGGAGAGGACGAAAGCGAGGAGGGAGAGGAGGAAGCCGAGGGAGAGGACGAAAGCGAGGAGGGAGAGGAGGAAGCAGAGGGAGAGGACGAAAGCGAGGAGGGAGAGGAGGAAGCGGAGGGAGAGGAUGAAAGCGAGGAGGGAGAGGAGGAAGCGGAGGGAGAGGACGAAAGCGAGGAGGGAGAGGAGGAAGCGGAGGGAGAGGACGAAAGCGAGGAGGGAGAGGAGGAAGCGGAGGGAGAGGACGAAAGCGAGGAGGGAGAGGAGGAAGCGGAGGGAGAGGACGAAAGCGAGGAGGGAGAGGAGGAAGCGGAGGGAGAGGACGAAAGCGAGGAGGGAGAGGAGGAAGCGGAGGGAGAGGACGAAAGCGAGGAGGGAGAGGAGGAAGCGGAGGGAGAGGACAAAAGCGAGGAGGGAGAGGAGGAAGCGGAGGGAGAGGACGAAAGCGAGGAGGGAGAGGACGAAAGCGAGGAGGGAGAGGAGGAAGCGGAGGGAGAGGACGAAAGCGAGGAGGGAGAGGCGGAAGCGGAGGGAGAGGACGAAAACGAGGAGGGAGAGGCGGAAGCAGAGGGACAAAACGCGUGA